AAAAAUACUUGUAAAAAAGAACAGGAGCAGAACAUAGCACUGAUGGAGAGCAUUCAACGGUUCACCCACCGUCUCGUACCCAUGCCCAUCACCGGAAAAUGGUUAAAACCCAUUAAACCCACUCCAUCUCGGACCAACCCAGUUGCCCGCUUCCACCAAGCCCGAAAACCCAUCUUCAAACCGGCCUUCGAUUUUGGCUUGACCACGAGAACAAGUCACAGCUCUUCUGCAAGGGCUCGGGCCGGCUGGCUCCUGGGUUUGGGAGAAAAGAAAAAAAUUCAGCCGGAAACUGUGAAAGCCGGCGACCCGGUUCUACACGAACCGGCCCGAGAGGUCCCACCAGAAGAAAUCGGGUCGGAGAGGAUCCAGAAGGUUAUAGAUGAUAUGGUGGAGGUUAUGAGGAAAGCACCUGGGGUUGGUCUUGCUGCUCCCCAAAUUGGCAUUCCCUUGAAGAUAAUUGUUUUGGAAGAUACAAAAGAAUACAUCAGCUAUGCACCAAAGGAAGAGACUAAAGCACAAGACCGACGUCCUUUUGAUCUUUUGGUUAUUGUUAAUCCAAAGCUUAAAAAUAAGAGCAACAGAACUGCACUAUUUUUCGAAGGGUGCCUAAGUGUUGAUGGAUUCAGAGCAGUGGUGGAACGAUACCUAGAAGUUGAGGUAACAGGUUUGGAUCGUAAAGGCCAGCCAAUCAAGGUUGAUGCUUCAGGGUGGCAGGCUCGCAUUUUACAGCACGAAUGCGAUCAUCUGGAGGGAACUCUGUACGUUGACAAGAUGGUCCCAAGAACGUUUAGGACCGUAGAUAACCUCGACUUACCUCUUGCAAUUGGGUGCCCCAAGCUGGGUGUUCGCUAACAUAAGAUCUCAGAACACAGCUGCCAGCCAAGGCAUUGGUGGAUUGGGAAAUCGACUUUGGAGGAUUUAAUGCAGUUAGACCGAGGUAACAUUUUUGGUGCAGCUGGAAACAGGAGUUAUGUUAUCUUCCCAAAGUUGCAGAGAAGAUUGGCAUUCGUUAAGGUAUUCAGAUUUGUUGCUGAUCAAAGAUGUUCAGCAUUGCUGAUUUCUUUCUGGGGUUUGGGCUAUUUCGCAGAGAAUGUUGCUUCAAAUGAAAUCAUUGUCAAACUUCAGCAUUUGACAGACCUGUGUAUUCCUGCUCUAUGACAUCCGAAGAUGGUCUCUACAAUCUUCCUGUAUCUGAACCCGUUUUGUAACUUCCUUAUUUAGUAUCUAAUGAUGAAUGAGCAUCUUUUUUGAGCCAAAAUAUAUAAAAGUUUCCAGGA